UCUUAUUGUAGCUGUUUGGUUAUAAAAUUGAAAAAAAAAGACGGGAAAAUUGAAUGGACGCAGAUAGUGAUUGAGAAUUGGGAAUUGCGAUGGAUGGGAGAAACGGAAGCGGAAGCAGGAGGAGUGGGGAAGCAGGAGGAAUGGGGAAGGCGAUAAUCGCGUUGGUAAUUGGGAGUCUUGUGUACUAUCACUGUGCCUACCGCAAUUCUACCCUUGUCUCUCUUUUUUCCGAUGUCUUCAUCGUCCUUCUCUGCUCCCUCGCCAUUCUCGGUCUUCUAUUCCGACAAAUGGGCAUCCAGGUUCCUGUUGAUCCCCUUGAGUGGCAAAUAUCUCAGGAGAGUGCGAACGCGAUCGUGGCAUGGUUGGCCAAUACGAUUGGUGGCGCCGAGUCAGUGUUCAGGGUGGCGGCUACUGGGCACGACAAGAGGCUGUUUCUGAAGGUCAUUCUUUCCCUAUAUCUCUUCUCUGCUCUUGGAAGACUCGCCAGAGGGAUUACAGUUGCCUAUGCCGGACUAUGCUUGUUUUGUCUUUACAUCUUUGCCGAGUGCUCUCAAUCAAUUACCUUCUUCGGGAGAACUACUGAAACUGAAGAACAAGACACCAUCAUCUAAUUGUAACAUAACUACUCAUUUUCGCUAUUGUAUGUCUUCCCCGUCAAGAAUAAAUCAUCUUUGCUGCACUAUUCUUUUCAGGUAAGCCUUUACUUUCCAACGAUCAAACUAAGCAUUUUAUGAUAAAAAAAUAAAAUACUGCUUGUAUUUCCGAUGACUAAAUCAAACGCCUUCUAUUUCAA